AACUGAACUUACGUGGUCAGCUCAGAUGUCCACAUCUACUAAUCAGUGUUACAAAGUAGUAAUAUAUCAUCCCGUUCCGAGUGUGCGACGUAAGGCAAUACCUUUUGCUGGUAACCGGGUAUUGCUAACUUGCCAAAACUGUCAUCUCGGAAGUAUGCCAGAAAUGGCACGCGACUCGACAAUGGGACGCGACCGGGUUCUGGUGAUGCCGAGCACCGGUAUCGCACUGGACACACCCUCCACAUCACAACCGGCGGCUGGACCGAAUGAUAUCAACCAACAGAUACUGGAGCUUCGCAAAGAGCAGGAAAUCCAGAAGCAAAAACUCUGGCAUGCCUUCCAGGAGAAGAACAAAGAACUAGAGAUGCAGCACCGACAACAGCUUGAGCACAAAUUUCAGCUUGCGGCCUAUCACACUACUGGCUACAUCUUCCAGGAACUGCGCGAUCAGCGCCUGGCCGAGGAAGCCGCCCAGCAGCGGGAACGCCGGGAACGGGAAGCGAUGAAGCGCAAGGAGAAGCAGGACUUCAGCGCCAACGCAAGUUCCGAGGUCAAACAAAAGUUACAGACCUUUCUGAUCCAGAAAAAACAAGCAGCUGCCUCCAACGGUAUGAGUUCACCGUCUUCCUAUCGAAAUUGGGGCGUCGUGAAGUCUUCGUCGGGCGAAUCGAUACCAGCCGGGGCAGUCGCUACCAGUUCACACCCGUACAAAAUCCCGCCACCUCCUCCGUCGUCGAUCGCCAAGUACGAUUCCGACUUUCCACUGAGAAAAACAGCUUCCGAGUCGAACCUGCUGAAGAUUCGCAUCAAGCAGCGGGUCAUCGAGAAACGUGCCAUGACGGGACCGUUGGCGGCGCGCCGCCAGGAGCGUCUCCAGCAGGCAGCCCAACGGCGGCUCCAGAAGCAAUCGCAAGCCCAACAACACCAGCAACAGCACGCUCAGCAGCACCAGCAAGCUCAACAUUCCCAGCAGUUGUCACAUCACCAGCUUUCCUCGAUGGCCGCUCAUCCAGCAAAUUGCUCUACUGGAACGUCCGAUUCGGGUCCCAAUUCGCCACCGGCAUUGGGAAGCCGCGGGUCACCUUCCAAUGCCCCGAUUCAGGAGGAAAACGAGGAUCCACAGUACCGGUCCAGCAUUAACGACCUGGCACUCUUUAGUUCACCCUCGAUGCCAAACAUUUCGCUGGGCAGGCCCCAUCUUGCCGAUGCACACUCGGCAAAUCAUAUUUCGAUGGUUCCGCUGAGACCUCCGCACCAACUGGUGGCCGCUGGUCAGCCACCACAACCUCCACUAUCGCACCAUCCACCACCGUUACCGCCUCAUUUUGUGAACCACCCCUCGAUGCUGGAACAACUCAAUGAGCAGCAGUUGCAGGCGGCUGCUGCUGCGGCGGCCGCUGUAGCAGUCGCCGGUGGUCUUUCCAUCAAUCCGACCCAUCUCGGUGGAAUCAAUUCCGGUGUUCCACCUGUGUACGGUCAACCAAUAACCGACGCUCAGGUUGCACAGGCAAGGCUUUACAAGCAAGGCCAUCGGCCCCUCGGGAGAACCCAGUCAGCUCCUCUACCCCUCGGGCAUCCAAUGCUAACCGGGGCAUCUGGUUCUGUGGUGAACAUCGGGCAGACUCACUACGAGGAUAGUGACGCCGAACGCCAAGCGUACGAACAGCACCUCCUGAUGAAGCAGAAAAUACGCCAGACCGCGCUGAACCGUGCCAACUGCGUGCGGGAACCUCAGCUCAAAGAGGAAGUCGAAUCCGGCGAGGUGAUCGACCUGACGGAUAAAAAGCAACCGCCCAAGACUACGGUGAUAACGUCGAACAGUGUGAUCAAGAGUACCUCCCACACCACCCUGCUGCGCGAUUCGGCCGAGAGUUUACAGCAGCAGCACGUGGAGUUCCUACAGGCACAACAGCGUGAACUGGCCUUCAUGCGACAAUCGAUUCAGCUCGGAAUGCUGGAAGAUCCCUACAAUCGCGCAUUAUUGCGACCUCUCUCCCGAACGUCAUCGAGCCCACUAGUCCACCUGGGAACCCCGGCCAGCAGUAAUCAUCCCGUGACAUUAUCGGACACCGGUCAGGAGGAUACUCCGCCUCCGGUGAACCUUACGGUCCAGAAUCGUAGCCGCUCGAUGCUAAGUUAUACUAACGAAGGGCUCGCCAGCCCUGGACCUUUACAACUAACGACCUCUUCGUCCGCCUCGGCCAUCCCCGUCCGAUCGGUACAGCAGCAGAACGGAAAGCUCACCACCGGUCUAGCCUUUGAUAGUCUCAUGCUGAAGCACAGCUGCGUAUGUGGUGACAACGCUGCCCAUCCGGAGCACAGUGGACGACUGCAGAGUGUUUGGGCUCGGCUGGUGGAAACUGGUCUAGCCUCUCGCUGUGAUAAGCUCCGCUCUCGUAAAGCUACCCAAGAAGAACUGCAAACCGUUCACACCGAAGCGCAUUCCCUCGUGUUUGGUACAAACCAGAUCAACCGGCAGAAGCUGGACGCCAGUCGAGUCAGCUUCGUCCGGUUAGCAUGUGGUGGUGUUGGCGUCGAUCUCGAUACUACCUGGAACGAACAUCACACCGCAGCCGCUGCCAGGAUGGCUGCCGGCUGUGUGACGGAUCUCUCGUACAAGGUGGCCAAAAAUGAAAUCCGCAAUGCUUUCGCCGUCGUGCGUCCUCCGGGACAUCACGCGGAACCUAACGCCGCCAUGGGUUUCUGUUUCUUCAACUCGAUAGCGAUUGCGGCAAAAUUGCUGCUGCAGCGACUGCCGUCCGAAAUUCGUAGAAUCCUCAUCGUUGACUGGGACGUUCAUCAUGGCAAUGGGACACAGCAGGUGUUUUACGAUGAUCCGAACGUGUUGUAUCUUUCGAUCCAUCGUCAUGAUGAUGGGAACUUUUUCCCCGGUACUGGAGGACCCACGGAGUGUGGUUCCGGUGCUGGACUUGGCUUCAACGUUAAUAUCCCUUGGUCCGGUGGGCUGAACCCUCCUCUUGGUGAUGCCGAGUACCUGGCGGCAUUCCGAACGGUGGUGAUGCCGAUAGCGCGCGAUUUUCAGCCGGAUAUAGUCCUGGUCUCGGCUGGAUUCGAUGCUGCCUAUGGUCAUCCUGCUCCUCUCGGUGGGUACAUGGUUUCACCGGCCUGUUUCGGGUAUCUGACCCGGGAACUGAUGAAAUUGGCUGAUGGAAAGGUGGUUCUAGCGCUGGAGGGUGGCUACGACCUGCCAGCUAUCUGCGAUUCCGCCCAGGAGUGCGUUCGGGCACUGCUCGGUGAUGAGCUGUCUCCGAUUGUAGCGGCGGAGCUGUCGCGACCUCCCUGUCUGCCCGCGAUCGAUACACUGCAGAAAACCAUUGCCAUUCAGAUGACGCACUGGCCGUGCGUUAAGCGACUAGCGCACACGGUGAGCUUUUCCGCGAUGCAAGCGGUCAGUGGGAACGAUCGGGAAGAAUCGGACACGGUCACGGCGAUGGCUGGACUGUCGAUGCAGCCGCCCAACAGAACGUCAGACAUCUCCCGGGAGGAUUCGGAGGAACCGAUGGAUCAAGAUGAGUCAAAGUAAACAAUCCGUACCAGAGUAAACUGUGUCCGACCGCAUGACCCCGGAGGUGACAACCAAGAGCAGCUCGGACAUUGUUAAUGUUGGAUACCUCAUUUUUACGGUGUUUGAUAAAAAGCCAUUGUAAGCUGCGUUGAGGCUGAGCCACCGGUGCAUCGCCAUGCCGGAACAAUGUGUGUGAUGGAAGGGGAAGGAACGCAUAUCGGAAACCAGGACCGCCUGUAAGUGGGAGAUAACUCAUCAAACGAAUUGAUUUUCUAUUGACUUGGUAGUAGUAUUUGCAGGAAGCAGAAGUAAGAAACGUUACCUCGAUGUGGGGUAAAAAAAAGAAAUCGAAAGUUUAACGCUAAAAGCGUUUAUUUUAAAGUUUAGGCACACACAAGAUUUACACGAAGAAAAAAUGGGUAAGAAAUAAGCAGAUGUGAGUUAUUUUUGAGGAGCUGAACUAUAUUUUCUAGCAAAUUUAUUGGUAGAGUCACAGACCAGUUUGGAAACAGAACAGUCGAAAUCCAAUAUUAAACACACAAAAAAUUGAAUCAGGGAAUAUUUUGAGAUUGACUCCAGGGAAUAAUACGGAAAGAAUUUGUCUUACCAUUUGAAGUUGCUACUUGUUAGUAGACCAGCUAAAUCCAACCAAAUUUGUCAGGAGAAAUCACAGUACUCUUUCUCGGUAUGUCGACAAUGAUUAUGAGAGGUUUUCACUUUAUGGUUUCGUCAUUACGAACAAGUUAAUCGCAUGAUAUUUUUUCUCUAUUGUUUCUAUUUACAAUCGUUUUAGUAUUGUUAAUGGUUCAUCGAGGUUCAUUUUUCUUUAUUUCCUAGUCAUUUCGAUGUUGAACGGUUUCCUACUUGUAUCCUCUACAAGAAUGUAAAUUUCUCUCCCAGUGCUAGCCAGUUUUUAGACCUGUUGGUAAACCUUAGAGAUAGUCGAAUUUAAAUGUAUUGAAUAUUGUAGAUAGAAUACUUCACCGCGAUGUCACGACUAAAUUUAUCAUUCUUGUCCGUCCUCAUGGUUAAGAUCUCCUACUGCACUCAAUGGAUUAAUGUUUUCUCCACCUGCAUUAAUUCGUCCGUGAUGAAGAACGCUCCUUUCGACGUUGCCGUGUCCAGCUGGACGCAAAGAUACGGUGCGCUGUUUCGAUCUCGUAUGUGUCAGUAAUCCAACGUUGUAGACGAUGAUCCCUGAAAGUGGACAAAAACUAGAAUGAAAAGUGAGCCGCUACUAGAGUGCUUGUCUUUCUUCGAGUUUCCUUAUCAGGCAGAAGAAGUUGCAACUAUCUUUUAGAGAAAAGUUGGAUUUGAAUGUUUCGUGUUCCACUCGUCAGUAACGGACACCAACUUGUUACCAGGUAGGCAAUAUUUCCAAACUAAAGCCAAAUUGAAGCCAGUUCGACACUAAAUUCAAACGGACCCAGAGCUUCUGAACUUGGCUAACCGAGAGUCACUCGGUACCAGCCAGUUGCUUUAGGUGUUGACAUAUGUUGUGUGUCGCUCCCUUUGAUGAACAAGCUAAAUAAAUGCUGCUUGCUAGUGGCAAUCCUACAACUACUACGAGGACGGCCCACAUCCAUCGGUUUUCAUUGGCGAACUUAAAAAAAGGCGGGAGACAAAUGUUUCCGCUCUAUCGUACGAUACACUGACCGUCCGUACUCCUCCGGCUCACACAAGUUACCGUUAGCUUCUCGCAAUCACUCCGAAACAAGAUAGCGACUGGACCCGUACACUGCAACCUACACUCGCGGGUCGCGCGAAGAAAACUUAUCGUGCCACGGAGAAUAACUGCUCCUACCUUCUGCUGCAGGCUCGCACGACUAAUUUGCGGCUUUUUUUCCUUGGCCGCUCUCGUCUCACGUCCGCACUCAACCGGCUAUCCAAAAUUGUGAACAUGCGGUUUUCUUUUCUGACAGCUCCAGUGCUGCCGUUAUCUCGACUACCCAUCGCGGGUGGGGUACGUUCACGCGCGUGCUACACACUCCCGUCUAACACCUCAUUAUUGCACUUUAAUUACCCUUUACCCACUUUAAACGUAAUACAACCCUACCCAGUGGCAAAUUUUUUUCGUGAAGCACGAAAGCGGUGCACAAAAAAUUUCAAAAAACUUCUCACUUCUUUAAGAAGUGUAUCGGAGACUGUGCUGAUUACUAACAUAAACACUAACUUCAAACUGGAUUGUUCAGCUGUUCCUCCUUUGCUUCUGCACACCCGCCUCACUUUUUUGGCAUUUUCUGCGGUCGUGAUCUCCCUGCAACACGUUUCCAGUCUGCAGGGUACGAUUUCACCCGAAUCGUGAAGGACCCGCGCGGUUGCGCUUGCUUGUCGGUUUCUCACGUCCUGAAACGGUUCGCGCGCUUGCGCCAGAAACUUAGGUCCUUGAUUCAGCUUGAUGUGUCACCAUGAAGCAGCUUACCUAUGAGAUUGGCGUGCCUGCUGGAGGCUUCUGCUUCCGACGUGCGUUUUCUCCUGAAUCGCUAACGGCGUGCCUGCUGGAGGCUUACUGUUCUGAUUGGUGGAAGUCCUGUCCCGUCCCUCACGUCUCGACAGCUACUUGCUGCGACUGCGAGUUGUCAUGGGCCUUCCUAGACAGCUCUUCAAGUCCAAUUGACGCUGGCUGAUGUGCCAUGGUGGGGAGGUAGUUUCAAAAGAUAUUGCUCGCCACACCAUGACAGGGCACGAUUUAUCCCGACCGGCUAACGGUGUUUCUGGAGCACUAAACUCGUGGUUAGCAGGCUGGAGCCUGCCAACGCAGCUGAGCAAAUUUCUUCUAAUCGGCCUUUAGGUCCUUCGCGUGGUACCUUCCUACUUUCCGGACGGAACAUCCUCCAGUUCAUAUAAGUUGGAACCCAAAACUUUCCGGAUCAUAGCUGGCAAGAACUUCGGGUGCAGUUUCUGGUUGAUGCGAUCUACCUUCGAUGAUAGUCCGAACGACCUUCGCCAGACAAGAUCUCCGACGUUGAACGCCACCGCUCUCGUACGCAUGUUGUACCGUUUCUUCAAUUUUUCGUGCGAGUUUCUGAUCCGUUGCAAAAUGAAUUCAUGGAUCCGCUUUAAAUUCGACAAACACAGAUCUUGCACAAGCUUUAGAUCCUGCGGCGUGUUGAGUUGUUUGUACAGAUCCGUAUGCAGAAUCAGCUCUCGGCCGAAGUUGGCAAAGUGCGGACUCACUCCCGUGACCUCGUGCUUCGCGCUAUUGAUGGCAGCUACGAUCGAUGCUAGAUUUUCGUCCCAAGUUCGAUGAUCUUCAUCCAAAAGCGCUCUGAUGCAUGUUAUCAACACCCUAUUUACCCGCUCUGCGUUGUUCAGCAUCGGCCAGUAAUACGCUGUGGUCAUAUGCUCGGUAUUGUGCCUCGCGAGAAGAGACCGGAACGCCAACGACAUAAACUGCUUCCCGUUGUCCGUGAGAAUGACCCUUGGCCGUGAGAAUCGAAGGAAUAUUUCCUUUUCCAGAAAGUUACCUCUGCAUCUGUAGCGCGCAUGGGUUGCGCAAUAACGUACAUGAUUAUCCAGUCGGCUAUUACCAAGAUGACCGUGUUUCCCUUCUUCGAUCUUGUGAAUGGGCCGACGAAGUCAAGCGAAAUCAGUUCCCACGGUAUCCUGGCUGGUUUUAGCUUCCCCAUGUCCGGCAUCAUUCGAUGAUUCGGAGCUUUGCUAGCUUUGCAUACCUUGCAACUGCGCACGUGGCGGCCUAUAUCCUCUCGCAUCUUCGGCCAGUAGAAGCCCGUUUGAACUUUCUACAACGUUUUCUGGAAUCCCAGAUGUGCUCCUGUGGCUGAGUCGUGAAGCUUGCCUAUCACUACUGCUCGUUCAUCUUUCGGCACCACCUUUUUCCACUUGUGCGCGACCUGUUCCAAUUCGUCUUUGUAUCGGCAGUUCUUAAACAGUACGUUGGUGAUGAUUCGGAAGUCCGGGAACUUGUACCAUCCGUCGUUGCUUGUGCUGAUGGAGAAAGUCAUCGAUGCCACGAUCCUCGGCAGAGCAUCCGGAACCACGUUACACGAUCCCUUGCGGUAUUUGAAUUCAAAGUCGAACGCGUUCAAUCUCAGUAUCCAUCUGCACAUCAGCACCGUCGGAUUCUUUAUUGACCUAAGAUACGACAACGCCGCAUGGUCGCAAAAUACCGUGAGCCUAACGCCCUCUACGUAUCCGCGGAACGUCUCAAUCGCUCGUAGAGUGUCAAAGCAUCCGUUCACAUCUCCAACUGUUUCAUUGUCAAAGUAUAUUUGACAAGAGAUUUUUACAUUCAGUUGCUUUUCAGAUGGACAAUGGUCCAAACAGUGGAUGUCCACUCUUUGAAUGUGUCCAACCAGUGAAUCACGGCUGUAUAACACACUGUUUUUAUUUACAGAGAGUACUACAUAUUUAACAAAAAUGGAACAGAUGUGCACUGGUAUGAAACCAGACAAGCCGGCAACCUGAGAUUGUUGAGCGUCAAGGGUACCUAGAACUCCGUAUUUUAUAAAGGCUGCAAUUUGUUCAAAGCAUCGCUACAAUAAGCAAAGAAUCAAUAAGCUGGGAGAAUGUGUGCAGCUCCGCAAAAUAUGUCUUAAGCAGAAGUAUUUGGAUGCAUAAGAGUGCAGGAUGGAAAUGCACAGAAAUGAAGCAAGAUUAAAGCGAGGUAAUAUCGAGUUCAGUAUCCUCAGUCUGCUAGAUUUUGGAGUAGAUCAUCAGCAAACAAUAACUGUGGACCGUUCAGGGCAAAGAUAACCUCAAUUCGAUAUUAUAGAAUAACAUUUUGAGCGUAUGGCCUGGUUAAUCUUGCCGAAGACAGCGGAUAGAUCAGAGUAACUAGCGCUCAUCCAUGGAUCGUUUGACACAGCUUUUGUCACGUAAGAAGUGAAGGACAGAAGAUCAGUAGCCAUAGAGCAUGUUCUUACACGAAAUCAUGUUGAUUCUCACCGAUUUACUGCUUGCGGUGGUUUGAAAUAAAAUCCAAAACAACCUUUUUCAAACAGUUUUGGGACGACGCUUGAUGAUCUAAUGUCACGUCAGCUGUUAAUUUUGCCUUUUUUUGUAAACUGCAAAACACGAGCCACAGAUCUGUUUGCCAUAGACCGGAAAAUACUCCAGUAGCGAGUGAUAAUCGAAACAGAUGACAAAUAGGUGCAAAUUACUGCAGGCACACCUUCUCGUUCUGUUGAGUUUGACGUCUUCAUUUCAACUAGCGCCGUCAGAUUCGAAUUUAUUUCUACGUCAAUCGAAUUCAACGAUUGACUUGAUGCAGGCAAAUUAGGAGCCACACGUGAGAUUUGCUGCGUUGUUUUGAUUUAAAAAUUUCAGUAAAAAAUUUCCACAAAGCAAGCUGGCAAAUUACCUGUACACUCAUACACCAGUGCGCUUUUCAUAGUCCAUCGAUGAAGAGUAUUGUACGUGCAAUGGAAAAAAAGUUGUAUUGCCGAUGUGGAUUUCAAAUGGGAUUGAAAUAUUGUAACAAUAUCGUCAAUACUGAUACUGACAAAAAUAUUGAACGUGUAAGAGCCGCUUAUGACAAAUCUCGCUUCACUCGUCGAAAAUUUCCUCACUCGGUUCUGAGAAUCGACUUGGGUGUCUUGCUAUUUCUCAGUGUCAUUUAAUCUAAUUCUACGCAGCGUGUGAUGUGAGACGAUGCAGCGAAGUUCUAGUAAUAGACAGACUCGAAUGCCGUGGCUAAAGAGCUUGACCAUGCGGUGAAUUUAUUAGAAAUUGAGCAUGUCACUUGUAACAGAUCGGACGAUCUUCUUCAAUAACUCAACUGUGGCUGGAGAUCGGGGCUUCCAUAGUGUCAACUGCAGUACGCCCUAGUAUGCUAUGAACUCUGCGCGACGUGACUGAAGCUAUGAAGGAUCAAGGAGGUAAAAAUGAAGACUGAAACGAUCUAGCGUACAGUAUAUCAACUCAUGAAUGGUCCGAUAUUUUUCAAAAGGAAAGAUUUAUUACAUAGCUCUCGAACACGGACUUGAAGAUCCAGGCGGUCGAGAUUUGCUCUGGCAGACAGUAAGUGCAAAAUAUAGAGCUCGAAAGCAGUCCCUCCGGAUGCUGAGAGUAUCGAGGUGUUGUAUUGACUGACAACGGUUUUCGUAGCUCAGCAGUUGGAAAAUUGUUUCGCAAUGGGAGAUGUCGAAGUGUGGGACAGACCCCGUUCUUGUAGUACGCAUUCCAUGUCAGAGACCAACGUUGUUGCUACCCGGAAAAGGAACCCUAGCUGUCUUGAUGCCUUAUCCACAAUGUAUGCAGUAUGUGGUUUGAUCGUUAAUGCCGAAUCCAAGAUGGCUCUGAGAUCCUGGACGUGAGAGCGUCUUGGAAUACUCGAGUCGAACAAAUGGUAUUGGAUUGGAUGACGUUUCUGCGCAAACGUGAUAAUUAAGCAUUCUCUCGGGUUUAGAAACAUUCAUACUUUGAAGAAAUUCGGCAUUGUUAGAAUCCCGUAUGCGUCGAAAAAUUUGUCGUUGGUGAAGGAAAGGCAGGGUCCUUGUAGUUUGAUAUUGACGUUAUUAAAAUAGAGGAGAAACAUUACUGGGCCGAGGUGACUUCCUUACGGAUGUAGCGAGAAAAGGGCAGAAAGAUAGUCCUUUAUCUUGAUUUGAAGUUGCCUUCCCUCGAGAUAGGAACGAAACCAGCGAAGAAGUUUGGAUACGACAAUUUGGAUACGCAAUUCCCCAGCAAUAAUCGAUGUUCGAUUUGUUUCCCGUUUUGUGGGGCGCUUUCCAGUAGUGAGAGAUAGGUAACCUCAUUCUUGUUUACGACGAAUGCGAGAUUCGAACGAAUUUGCUUCGUAUUCUCGUUUACGACAGCAAAAUCAAAUGGGCUUACUAUUCGUUCGAACAGCUUUCUAACGAAUCUCGCAUACGUCGUAAACAAGUAUAAGAAUGAGAAUGAAGAUUCAUCGAAUUCGUUUGAAACGUGGUAUGGCACCCAGUCGAAUCCACAAGUUUUUGGUUCGGUGGUUCGGUAGCAUAUGUGCAUUUAGACCGGCAACAAUUUUGACUUUUUUUCGGAAUAUUCUAACGCAAAAGAGAACGAACGCUGGAGGCAGGGACCAUAAACAUGAUGUCCGAACAAACCACAUCAUUUUAUGAACCAGUCCAGCGAUCGUUUUAGUAGAGUUGCGCAGCACACAGCAAACUAGAAGCUAUCAGCUACCAUUCGAAGCCGAUGGAGGUAAUCGAGUUUGAGUUCAGUGUCAGUGGCGAAACUGUACCAGUUUGGAAAGUGGAAGAGCUGUUCGAAGAUUCUUAAUCGGAGUACCAGUCAGGAGAGGACUAACCAAACGAAUUCACAGACUACCCAGUUAAGCUCAGUCGAAAAUGAACCGGAAUUGUGGCUGGUUCCAGUUCUCAUUCCGGCUCCAGUGACACAAUCGAUUCUAGUUAGUAUCGGUUGUGUCACUGGAGCCGGAAUGCAAGCUGGAACCAGCCAGAAUUCCAGUUCAUUUCCGGCUGAACUUUACUGGGUAACAGACACACUUGAAAACAAAACGUUGACAGAAAUGAACCAAACUUUGCCCAGUUUCUCUUUAGAGUGUAUUGUUUACAUCCGCUCAGUUGUCCCGUUACCAGCGAGUUCCGGUCAAGAGGGAAGAAAAUUAUCAAACCAUUCGCGAAAGGAUUUUGUUCACCUGUAUGCCAAAUCAUGAGUUAUCACAUCGCGCGAUGAGUAUGCAUCAUUCAACUGUCUCGAAGGUAGGUCCUCCAAAAGUUCCAGGAAGUGGAAUUACUGUGGAUCACAAUCCAGAAGCUGGACGAAAAAUGGUAACAAUCAGUGCAUGGUACUGAUGGCCAGCCUGAUAGACAAAAGAGGAUGAAACGUUUAGCAGUCAAAACAGUAAGCAAUUGAGUACCGGUUCUCACUCCAAUCAAUUGAAGACCAUUCUCUUCUGAAUAUCACUCAUUGAAAUCAUUAUAGAGAGGAGUUGAAAUAGGCCAUCACUUUAUGUACAAUUUAAAUACGGUUAUGGCGGUCAUCGUAUUACAAAACAACGAGCUAGUAUUAACAAACAGGCGGUUUCACACAAAUAGCUUUGCAUACAAGAUACAGAAAGGUAGAGAAAAAAUUAAAAUUUCGCAUGCUGUCUGGAUAUAAUAUACUGAUAAUAUUUCGUUUGACAUACCAAUACAAAAUAAAUGGUACUCAAUCUAUCACUUUAAUGCGCUCUCUCGUACGGCUUCUGUGAGAGAUAGUAAACUGAAACACUGCAAGGAAAAUGGAAAUGAAAUAACAGUCAUCAGUCUUCCCAAAUGAACAUGUUAGCCUGCACAAUCGAACCCCAUGUACGUACACGGUGUGAGUACACAUAGGCUUGGGGAACCAAUUUUCUCUUUCUCACUUUCACCAUCACUAGCGUUAACUCUUUUUGCCUUGUGCGAAUCGUUCUCGUGUACGUACUCGGUGUACACGGAUGUUUGAACUAGAGUUUGCACAUGGGUUCGAUGUUCGAGGCGAACUUGUACAUCGAGACGAAGUAUGUUUGAGGUUGAACGCAUGCACGAAAUUUUGUACACAGGUGCAAAUAUGUCGAUGUUCAUGGGAAGUCUGACGGUAAUUCUUGUGGUGAUACGAUCACUUCAUAUUUACCGCCACAAUUCAAAGACCAUCAUGAGACACUAAACUAAAAACUUGAUGUUUCGCAAAAUUUCGUCCAGAUGGCCAAAAAACGAUCUGUAUUGAAAACUUACAAGGUGCAGAACUUCCUAAAUCGAGACGAACAUCAGCACAAUGUUGCCAAAACGCAAGCUCGACGAUGCUAACAAAAAUACCGGUGCUGCGUCAUGGAAGAUGGAGACCUACACCAAAGCGGAUUUCACGCAGUUACCGGGACAGGAAUAUUUCACGAGUAAGGGCAAGUUCCUGUGGAUGAUCGUUUCAAACGGAAGCAACUGUCGAAAUUUACUUCGAGGUUCUUGAUUUGGAAGGUGAACCAUACGUUACCAUAUAAAUGGUGUUAUUAACAAAACCGAGUGCCUCUGGAAAAGGGCCCAGCCGUAUUUGAGACAGCACGAUCAAAGUCGUGCACGAGUAGUAUGCGGCUGAUUCAGUAAAUUUUGUGCCAAAAGAUAUGAACCACCCCUACUGUCCUAAACUCCGUCCGAUCGAAACCUGUAAGGCCAAGAGGAAGCGCGAACUUUGGUAGACCAAAGGAGAGGAUGGAGGGCGUCAAAUUCGUCCUAAAAUUUUACCGAAGUUUGUAAGGUGAGUUAAGGGAUUUCUUUGCACGGGAAGCGGAUGAUUAAGCGGUUGAAUGGCCUGAUUAGUUGUUCUUCAAUAUUGGGACUAGAGAGGAAAUUCACAAUGUAGGACGCGUAACCUUUUCGAUUAUGUCUGAUCGCAAUAACUCUUUUUACUUCGAUCCAACUUCCUACGAAGUGGUUGUAUUACUGAACGAAUCAUUCUAUCUAUAGCAGUGACUCUCAACCUUUCGUUCUAUGUAUUGUACCCCUUUCUGAAUAUUAUUCCCCAUCAUGUACCCCUUUCUGAAAAUUGUAGCGUUUAGGCAUUAUUUUCAUUAAGUCAAUUAUGCGCCAAAUAGAAUCAUAAAUAUUAGAAACUAAGAAUAUUUAGGCAACAUUAAUAUUCAUUACUAGAAUUGUAUGGGAAUUUAAUCAUUGCUCGCCUUACACGUUCAUUAAAAGUGACAUUACUGCUCAGUAAUGACAUUACUAACGCCUCGUGUACGGGACCCUAGACACAGUCAGUUGAAUUUAGUCGUCCAUCGCGGUAGUAAGCAAUUUUUCUCGUGGCGAAAUAGUGUGACAGGUUACCGACGAUUUAUCACCACAAAAUCGGCUUUUUGAGCCGUAUAGAUUUGUCCGUCGGCAUAAGCUAGUACAAAGCUCCGCAAAGGGAAUUGCGCUCUGCCACCGAGAGCAGCUUUGAGAAGAAAGAAAUCGACUAAGAAGCGCAAACCAGAAAAGGAACGGGGUUAUAAAUCAGAUCUCCGGACGAUUCCACGUCGCCGUUAAUUAUAUGGACGAGUAAGUACGGUUCGGAAAAGCUACUCGCUAACUGCAAUGGCCCCUUCACACGAACACAUUCGGUUUGGUUCAACGAUGAGGAAGAUUUUGAUAGACCCCAGAAAGGGUUUAUUUUUGGAAUCUUCUUUUGGUGAUUUUCCUAUAGGUAUUUCCGCUUUGGAGCAUCUCUCUUGGACGACGAUUGUUGCCGUACGUAGUGCUUGCUGCUUCGAUGCGAUCCUUCUCUACUGCUGACUUAGAUCUAGAACAAUGAUUUUGCCGGGUAAGAAUCCCGCGUAUCUUGCAGUAUCCUACUAUCUGAAACGAUAAUGAAAUUAAUUCUUUUAUUGCAUCUGCACGUUCUUUCCUAAUACUCAAUUCAGGCUGCCCGUCGAUUUUAGCUGGUAACGAUCAAGAAUACGUCAGACAACCACAAUUGACCUACUUCGGCACCCGCUUGGCCUUACCAAGCCGUAACGGGGAUGGCGUCGAGAAAGCUAUUAAAUUUGCGUUGAGAACAGCCUGAAGCAACAUCUGAUGUUGUUCCAAAUGUACAUGAUUCAAUACAACAUGUCCUGAAUCUACCAUCGAGUCGAGCAUGCAUACCGUACGUAACUACCCAAGUAACAAUUUAGCUGGAUAUUGGCUUAAACAGCUCUUGUUCAGCUUAUUCUCUCGGAUCAAAGGCUUUUUCAGCUUUCGUUGUUUUUUAGGUAGACUCACUGUUCGCCAUUCCGUUUAUUGGUAUGGCUUCUUAUGAAGCCAUUCUGCUUUAGGACAUGGCUUCAAACGAUGUUCCCGUAUAAUUUUUACACUGAGUUCCCUUAGGAACGUUCUUUGUUGAAUGCUACGAUUCGAGUUCCUUGUUUCACAGGACAAAUCUUGUUGAUUAUGUACGAUCAGUGAUGUACCAAAAUGGGUUUUUACAAUUUUGGGGAAAAAACCCAAGGUUUUUUCCCGGUUAAAACGGUUUUUUCGCGGGAAGAUUGGGUUUUUUGCAUUUUUUGAUGUUUUGGUAAUUGAACAUUAAUGUAUUGUUAUCCUAACAUUUUUAUUUUAUUUAUGAGAAUUAUUGUCAUAAAGUUUUGCAUGUAUAUGAAUUCUAAAUGGUUUUCCUCGAUUGAAUCAUUGUUAUAGCGGUGAUCCAACAUUUUUUUACAAAUAUUGUGGUUAAAUAAGUGAUAAAACUUUUCAAUGUUUGGGCUAAGUCGAUUGUGCUUCUUACUGUGAAUCCACCUAAACGAACUAAACAUUUUUUCUACUGUUGCUGAUGUAGCUGAUAACGCAAAAAUUCAGAUUGUGAUUUGUGAGAGUUCUGAUUACGGUUCAUACUAAUGACGAAUGUCAAGGCCACUCGCAUUCUGCAUAUGACUCACAUUUCACCGAAUUAAAUAGGUAUUUUCUAAAUUUUGUGUGAAUACCUACCUCAUUUCGCUAAAAGUAUAGCAACCCCUAAAAUGAGUAACAAGCAGAAUAAAAGUAGUUUGGGCAUCACACGAUUAUUCUAAUUUUCACUUGCCACAAUGACUAUUGUUCCCAGUAUUAUAUGAAACCAGUUGGAAUAUGGAAUGGACCCAAAAUUAAAGUCGCAGGAACAGAAAAUGCUUCGUAAAACCCGUAUUAAAUAUAUUAGAAUGUGAAAAUUGAAUUUAAGCUUCAAGUUUCAAAAUUGGACAGGAGCUUUUCGAUUAUGUCCUACAGAAUAAAAACCGUAAAAAAGUAUAUCCGGUUUUCGCAAAGGACUUUUCUUUAUCCAACUUUUAAUCCAACGUUACAUUCAAUUGUACGGAAUUUCCUCUGAGCGAAUUAUACUGGAGGUUUAUCCUUGGCGACUUUUUCGUGUGAGAAUAUUCUAAGCGAUUGUCAUGCUCAAGGAUCUCUGUCCGAUUUUUACGCUUGAUGUUUAUAUUCGAUUUUUACAUGCUAAGAUAUCUGGAGUGGAUUCUACAAAGUAUGUUUUAUCCUUGCGACUUUUAUUUUCGGUCUCUCAAAUGUCAAUGCAAGAUUCUUUAACCCUCCGGAAGUCGCGCUUAUAGCUCACUGAAUGAGCAUCCGCUGGUGCCCUAAGACGAUUUCGCUAGAUUUUCAGAGCAGCGUGCACUCAGUGCACUAGCGCGACUGCCGAAAGGAUAAAAAAAAAUUAAAUGAACAUUAUACAUUCGAUAAAACGAAAAAACCCAUAUUUCGUCCGGGUUAAAAUGAUUUGGGAAAAAACCCGAUUAAAACCCAAAAAUAAAAACCCGGGAAGAUGGAAUUUUUCCCAUUGGUACAUCACUGUGUACGAUAAGUCCCUCGACCCUGGGACGGCAGAUUCAUCAGAAAGGUACAGCGGAAAAAGCGAUUUUAGUUGAGAAAUCGUGUGAAAAGCACAUAGACGCUAAUCACGGCGCUCUAUGCGCUGGCUGUACUCAUCCAACAAACUUACUUUCACCGAAUCGACAGUUCAAGCAACAUCGCUCCCAGUUUGCAGAUUUUGAACGAGCGUACGGUACGACGGCAAAACCAAAUUUUAGUCGGCAGCUUCUAACUUAUCGCAAAAUACCUCUAUCGAAUGUUACAAAUAUUCACACCGCAAAUCAAACAAUACUAAUGUAAAAUACGGUCGUGAUUCGCUGGUUGCGCCACACCUUUUGUCCAACUAACGAAUUGGAUUAGCUAGUUGGACCGAAAAUGCAUCUGCCCAUAUCUCUAAUUAUUGUCAGUUUGAUUGUCAAGGUGAAUUUGACAUGAGAUUUUGACAUUCAGAUACUUUUUAGUUGGACAAUGAUCCAACUAGCGGAGGUCCAACUAAAAAGCCAAAACUAAAAAGGUCCAGGUAAAAGUUACUUUCUAGUGGCUUUCCAUGAGUAGAUUCCACAUUCCCUGAGCACUGAGUACACUCUUCACCAACUAGAAAUGGUUCUCUUUCAGGAACAGUCCAAUAUUAGUUCGAGCCUUUCGAUUCUUAUUCCACCAUUCAUUCGUCACUUCACUUGGUUCCGGUUCCGCGCCAAUAACCACUUCCCAGAAGUCUUCUUUCUCCAAUAAAUACUCCAUUCGUUGUUUCCACGAAAUCCAGUUUUGUUGGUAAUUUUGUUCACAUUUUGUAACACCGCCGCUUUCAUCUAAAACUAUCUUUUUGCACAUACUGGGCCAAAUAACCUAUGGUAAAAUACGACCACGGCCAAUGUGUCCAACUUAAAACAAAAGGACAUGCAUGGUCAUGUACAAUCAUUCUCAUGGUUAGUUUUUAAAAUCUUAGUUGUGCCAGUCGGUCCCUUGUUGGCUUUUGAAGCUCCAAUUUUAACCAGAUUCGCCGGAACCUGCAUCAUACGAGCUCGUAUCUGUUGGGAAACUGCUUCCAGCAAGGAAUUAUCCAGGGAGGGACCGGAAAUAAGAAUUUGGAACCAGUUUAAAACUCCGAUUCGCAGUUUGGAAAUUAUACACACACACACAAACCGGAGCGCUUGUAUAAAGAUGCCUGACCUCCAGAAAAAUUAACUCAGCGCUCACGAAAAUGACGUCCAACGUCCAAAUAUACGUCCAUUUGCAAGAGUAUUCGAGAAUUGAGGGCUGCUAUCCGGUCAAAUUAUUCGGAAUUUUAAUUUGAAAUCUUGAAUGUUGUCGGCAUGGAUUCCAGCUCAAAUGAAACAUUGCAUUGGAGCUGGAAUCUGAAUUCGUUCAGAAUUCCAAAUCGGUUCUGGAAUGGGUUUAAAUAGGCGAUUACGAGCGAUCUAAAACGAAAAAAUGUUGUAAACUUCGUAUUGAAACCGCGGCUCGUGUCCAAGUAAAACGAGGACAACUCAUGCCAAAAAACCCAUUUAAUCUUGUAGUUUUUUAUGGAACAAAUCCAGCCAGAUUCACAGGAAACCGGUAUUUUGUAUCCACUAGGGGACUUCUGCAAAGAAGUGGCCUGGUCCCUUAACGAGUUGUUUUAUUUUGCAAUUGUAGCACCUCUUUCGGUUGGGCACUGAGCCGGACCCAAAAUUUGUGGAGAACUGGAACCAAGAUAUUAUCACUAUAAAUACUUUUCGCACGCACAGGCAGAAGAAGCAAUGGGGUGAAAACAAAUUGGCAAAAUUUUCUCCACAAGCCAAAAGGUACCACCACAAAACAACCAAGUGUGAUCACAUUCAAAGCUGAAUUAAACGCAAAUGAAUCGUUUUAGUUUUGAUCCGAAAAAAGGUAAGAGCGAGAGAAAGAAUCUUUCAAAAAUCAGAAACGCACACGCCUAGAAUAGGAAUGACCAAUGUAAUCAACUGUGGUAGAGCAGGAUUAUGGCCUUUUUUGUUGCACUGAACGAAAAGGGAAGUUAGUGUCUGCAAAAAGAUCCAAUGCAAGUUAAAGGAAACGGUUGAGAAAAUUGAUACCAAUAAAAUGCAUCGUGACUCAUCAGUCCACCGCUGUCGCUGUGGUCAAUGUUUAUUGGAUUUUUUGGUGAAUUUAUUCUUUGUUGUUUAGAAAAAUUAUUGCUGUUUUGUUUUACAAAGGAACUAUUUUCAAAGUAUCUGAAACGUUAGAUUAAAGAUAUAUGUCAUUUUUCUGGUAUUCAGAUGUUUCAGAUAUUUGAAUUGAAUCACUAGAAAUGCGAACAGAAUCCUCUGUAAACGUUAUCGACUGGAAAGAGUACCCUAUUCUAAGGUUCAAUCUACAUUUAAAAUAAAUUCAAUGGAGCUUGUGAAGUUGAAUAUUUGUAACACUUCUGUACAGAGUGUAUUAUAUAUGUUUUUUGUGAACCGCAAACGACCGUUUUUUCGUUAAUUGUUCUUUACUGGUUGAUGAUGGCAAAUUAGACAAAAACUAUAGCUAUUCCGUGAGUAUUGAAGCUAACUUGAUGGACAUAAUCGGAAAAUUAAAACUAAAAAUAACAGAAAACAAUGUUUAAGACUAAGCGUUCUUAAAACUACCAAGAGUUAAGGAAAGUACGUUUGUUUUACAAAAUGCAAAUAAAACGGUAAUUACAAAGUAAUUUUUAUAUAGAACUAACCUAACGGUAGCCCAAGUAGGUGGAAAAGAAAAAAAAAUACUUACGGCAAAACGAUUUCCUAUGAAAGCUCUUGCAUAAAUAAUAUUAUAUUUGCAUCACUGUUUCUAAUCUUUCCAAACCGAAACCAAAAAGUUACCCGUCAGCAAGUUUUAACGUAUUCCCUUUGAACCCCGUUCCACUGUAACUAUACCGCAGACUGUGGUAAUCGCGUAUAAUAACUUGUGCUAAACUAAAACAACCUAUAUACUCUCAGAAGAUUUUGCUCAACCCUGAACCAAAAUAUAUGCUUCACUCGCUCCGCUCCCUGCUAGACAAAAAAAAAUAACAAAACAAAGCUAAAUAACGUAGCUGAAACUAAGGCCACACUCACAAAUAACUGCUGCCAGCGAACAAUAAACCAGAGAGCCCAUGAACCCCUCCCCCCAUACCAACUGCAUGUCAACUGUCAGAACAAUCGUGUGUUUUAACUAUCGUGCAAAACUGAUGCGUAGCUGGGUAAGCUUAAUGUGCAGAAAAAGAUAAUAUGGCAAAAUAUGAAUUACAACAGAGAAAAUAUUUAUAGCGAUUAUUAAACAACACAAAAUAAAACACAGAAGUGAGUAAGUAAAUUUUUAACAGUUUAUCUUUAAUAAGUGUUGAGUGACCUUAAUGUAUACCAACGAAAACAAAAAAAAAAGAAUAAGUAAACAUAACAGAUGGUAAAACUUCAAAAAUUUUAAGCUUUCAAACAACGGGGAACGAGAUAUUUAGAGAAAAAAACGUUAGAACUUUUGAGCGUUUAGUACUAUUUGAACAGAAAAUUUUGCCUAAAGUUAUCACAAAGCACACACACACAUACCGUGGCACAGCGAAAGCGGCACGGUUACGAGCCCUUCCGCAUAAAUAGAGAAGGUCAAAAUCAAGAGUAUUUUAUCCAAUUUUCGAUCUAUUCAAAGUUUAUCACGGAGUUGUUAUUUUGUGAGCCUGAUUGUACUAAAAAACAAUAGUCGAUUCUACAUAUAUAGAGAAUAAUUUGUCAGUACUAAACUUGUGUUAUGUACUAAAUACACAUUUUUCCUAACAUGUUUUGUACUAAACCGCUUCUGUUAUCUGGAAGCAUGAAAGCGAAUACCGAAUAGUUUGUAGUAACGAUUUGUCAAGUGCUGGACACUUAUUUUCUUUUUUUUAAAUACCCACACAGUCGAACCGAGUGUAGAAAACUCAGCGGAGGCGUUUAGUACUAAAGAAAAAUAUAGCUUCAAGCUGUGAGAUGUGAUAUUGUUUCUCAAAACACAAAAAAGCAGAAAAAUGCAUUUCUACUACAUCUUGCCACUUAUAAGUUGUUUGUGUGUUUCUGUUGCCGGUUCCUCAACAUCCCACGUUAUGUCACAGAACCGAAUUUUGUUCGAUGUUAAUCAACCUCACUAACACCGACGAAAAAAAAGAAAACCAAUUCAUUGUUAUGGCAGGAGAAAUAUUUGAAAAAACGAAUGAAUACGCUUUUGUUGUACUGAGCAAAACGAAAAAAAAGGUAGAAAGAAAUAAAACACCUCAUGUUUAGAAACCAACAUUAAAAAAAACAAACAAACGAAACAAGAAAAAGCGAAGAAAAACACUUGAAAUAGGCGUAAGGGUAUAACACAGUAAGCCAAUAAUAAAAAAUGAAACAUUCCUCUUCAAAAGAAAGUAAUUUAUAUUGAAACAAAGGUAAUUGAAUGGUGGAUACACUGUACGAAUGUUUAUUUUAAGUUGAAACUCACUGUCUAAGUUUAUGCAAUGUUACAACAGCAGCUUCGCGAAUAAGUUGUAAAUAGUUAACCCGUAAAGCUGUAAACUUCCCUCCCCUUUCGUUAGGUUAACGGUUCUCCCUUUAUUACAAUCAUUAUUAUUAUUAUUAUUAAAACUAUUAUUAUUUAGCCAUGUAGAACGUUCAAUUUUAUUACGCUGUUGCUGUUCAUUUAUUUGUACUGAACAAUAAGGUGGAAAAGAGUUUAUUUUGUUUCCGGAAACGAAUCACACUCGUACAUGCAAUGCAAACAUACACAAACACACACUCACAAAGUGAAGGUAGUCCAGAUAUACACGAAUAGCUAGUUCAAUUCAAAGAGAGAAAGAGCUUGAUUGAAUAGAGCCAACGUAUUUAAGAGGAGGAAAAGUAAAUGCAAUUGUAGCUAGGGUAGGCUGAAAGCUAUUUGCAACAUAACAAAUAAAGAAAAAAACCGAUAAAAAACAUCAACGACUCAUUUGAAAAAUGAAAAAUAAAUGUAGCAAGGCGCCAGAUGGUCUAUUUUUAAGCGCGAACAUCUAUACUUGUUUCAUGGGAAGCAAAUAAAACUACAGUCUAUUUUCUUCUUUUCCGUAACCUCUUUUUACACCCCCUUCCCAAAAAAAAACCGACAGGCGAGUUUUAAAAUACACAAAAAAAUGUAACCCGUCCUACAUUGUCGUUGUUGUGAACCUGUUCCGAAGCCUCUCUCUCUCUCUAUCUCUUUCUCACGCACACUCAUACACAGCUGAAAAACCUCUAAAGACCAAAAACAAAAAUCGGUGAAUUAGUUCAACAAUCAAAUACACAAUCUCUUGAAAACGGAACAAAUCAAUUGCAACCGUGUGAGAAAAGAAAAAAACAAGCAAACUGCUGGAUUGGUUUAAGCUAGAUGCCCUGCCUGACUUUUGCUGUGAACAAUGAAGUAUAGACAACUAUAAAGGUAAAGAAAUUUUGCAACGGGUUCACUGAUUCGUCAAAUUGUUGUUUUGAAGGAAAUAAGCGAAGCGUAAAAAAGGCGACCCAGAGAGUAAAAUUUAAAGAAAGCAAAAAAAUUGUUAGAAAGGGAGACAAACAAUAUUGAUCGUUUUGUGUUACACGGAAAUUAAUAAAUAUAUGAGUAAAAAUUA